GACGUCGCGUAAGCGCUUGACGUCAGCAUAACAACAACCUGUCAUGACAGCUCGUAUGGGGAAAAAAAUAUCGAUUAAGAUUUGAUAUCAAAUCAUAUAAACGCUGUUUCACCGGAUGUAUCAUUCCUUCUCUACGGAGGGACAGGGACAUUUUUGAACCUGUCAGUUAGCCAGCCGAAGAGACGGGGAACAGGAUAGGGAAGCAGGGCGAGGCGGGCCCCGCGGAGCCGGUGGAGAAGAUGGCCGGCAGCCCGGAGAAGAGUUCCACCGCGCAGGAGCUGAAGGAGCAGGGGAACCGACUGUUCCUCUGCCGCAAGUACCAGGAGGCUGCUACAUGCUACAGUAAAGCUAUUAACCGUAAUCCAUCAGUGGCAGUGUACUACACCAACAGGGCUCUCUGCCAUGUGAAGCUGCAGCAGCAUGACAAGGCUCUGGCAGACUGUAAGCAUGCACUGGAGCUGGACAGCCAGUCAGUCAAGGCCCACUUCUUCCUAGGCCAGUGUCACCUGGAGCUGGAGAACUACGACGAGGCCAUCGGCAACCUGCAGAAAGCUUAUAACCUGGCAAAAGAACAGAGGCUGAAUUUUGGAGAUGACAUCCCGAGCGCCUUGCGCAUUGCCAAGAAGAAACGUUGGAAUAGCAUUGAGGAGAAGCGCAUUAACCAGGAAAACGAGUUACAUGCCUAUCUGACCAAACUCAUACUGGCUGAGAAGGAAAGAGAACUAGAAGAAUAUAAAGAGAAACAGGACGACAAUCAAAAUGGGGGCGAUGCUGCCAAGAUUGCAUCAAAACAUGACAAGUAUCUAAUGGACAUGGAUGAGCUCUUCUCUCAAGUGGACGAGAAAAGAAAAAAGCGGGAGAUCCCAGAUUAUCUGUGUGGGAAGAUCAGUUUUGAGCUGAUGAGGGAGCCCUGCAUCACACCCAGUGGAAUCACCUAUGAUCGCAAGGACAUUGAAGAGCACCUACAGGUAAGAUUAUUGUCAGACACCGACCAUCUCAGAGGUUUUGCUUAUGUCCACUGAUUUUGUAAUUUGUUA